AUGUCGAAUUCGCCAAUUUUAUUCGAAAAAAGUGAUAAUUUUCCCAAAGGAUAUUUAAUUUCUGGCUGGUAUCAUGUAUUUUCGAUUGAUGAUUCAUUACAGUCGCUAUCAAUCUUUUCAAAAUUUGACCGCAAAGAAAUAUUAAUUCAACAACUCAAUUUAAAUCAAAAUACUGAUAAAAUUCACUAUGUUGAUUACAUCUUGGACGAUGUUCUUUUUAUUUAUGCAACAAAAUCGCAAAAAUCGAUUGGCUUCUUUUUAAAUAUAAAUCUUAACCAGCAAAAUUAUAUUUUACCACCUUUAGUCGAAUUUUCAUUAACAUCACUUACAUUUCAUUCAAAUAUUCUUUCAGCAUUCGUUCCACAUAAAGGAUCUUUUGUUGUUGUUUCCAAGAACGGCAUAUCAUGCCAUGAUCUAUAUCUAAACGAAUAUUUCAGCAUCAGAUCAUUAAUAACAUCAUGCCGUUUUGUUAGAAACUAUCUUGUUUAUACUGAUAAUUUAUUCCUUCACGCUUGUUCUAUUGAUUUGAACGAUAAAAAUAGAGUUUUCUUUAAUAAAAUCAAUUCUAGACAGUUAAAUACACUCGGAAAUCCUCUUAAACUCCUUGCUCUCUCUCAUUGUUUGUUAAUUAUUUUCGAAACUAGUGAAAAAGCUACAGUAGUUCAAAAAGUCCUUUUACAAUCCAAGAAAUUCGAUAGUAUUACAAAUAUAUCCAAGUAUUUCUUACAGAACAACGAAUUUUCGAAUAUUUCAUUUAAUAUUUUCGACAACGCCUUAUUAAUUUAUCAUCGACCUACACAGAAGUUUACUCUAAUAGACAUGUACGAUGCAGACGAUAUACAGAUUUUCCCUCCUUUCGAUUGUGAAUUUCCAAUUUUGGAAAUUUUAGACAGUUCAAAGGCAUUUUCAGACGAAUUUAUGUUAGACACAAGAUGCAAUUACCAAGUUAUUAACGUUACAGACCUUAAUAUCAUUGCUGCUCUGUUUAGAAGGACAAAUACCUUAACACACUCGAUUUUCUUGCUUUCUAACCUCUUAAAGGGUUCAGUUGAUGUUGAAACAAUGAAUAAAAUCAUCCAAACUAUUGGUCCUUCAGCAAGAUCUCCAUCUACUCAAAUAAGAUUUGUCAAAGCGAUCCAGUUCUCAGGAAUUGUUGAUCCUCAUCUUAUUCUACUUGCAUUGUUGAGAUAUUCCAAGAUUUUGGGAGACGAUAUGAUCGAUGAUGCAAAAAUUUCUGUAAUUCAAGCGGCUUUCCACCCGUAUUGCAGGAAUACAUUGAAAGAUAUGUUUUCUCUUUGGAAAUUGAAGAUGAAUGAUGUUAUUAUGAAAUAUAUUGUUACAAAACUCGAUGAAUCAUAUUGGUAUGGCAUAGAAAUGUUUGGAGAUAUAUUGAAGUUCGCUAAGAUUUGCACAGAUGUAGGAAAAAGCGAGAUUGCAAGAAAAAUGAUUAUUAAAUUUGUUUUGGAUGGAGGAGAAAGCAGCGAAAACUUUACGGAAAUUCGCCAGAAUUAUAUAAGUAAGUUUGGUGAAGAUCCGCUCAUUCCUAUGUCGCAGAAACAAUAA